AGAAAGAAGCGGGGUACGAAAGGCAAGAAACGAGAGAAAGAGUGACAGAAAGAAUGAAAAGAAAGAGACCUCCUCUCCCGUUGUUCCAGCACGCAACGCCGCUCCCAUCUCCGAGCUCCGAGACGCGAGAGCAGCCGCAGCCUUCACCGGCUCCCAGACUCCAACCCCCGAUUCGACCAGCGCGAGCUCCUUCCUUUCUUUCCUUUUUAUCGUUUCUUAAAAAAAUUUUUCCAAUACAAUUUGACGUGCCGUAAACUAAAUUUGAAACUCCCAAGACACCCUCGAGAAACACCGAACAUGGGAAAUCCAAGAAACUUCCAAGAUGCAUCUACGGAUCGCGUUUGAAGCGAUAUCGACGGAGACUCCGACAUCGGUUCGGCGGCAACGCUGACAACGAACGAAGCAGGGAGUGGCUGUGCGAACGGCAAGUGGAUCGGAAGCUAUCUUGGAAAAGAAAGCAACAGGCGAAAGGAAAAAAAAUAACAACAACAACACGCGAGCGGAACUCUCUUGUUUUUUUGCUCUGUUUGCUCGUUUCCGCGAAUCCGGGAAACCCUUUCCCUCAGGCGGGAACAUAGGGAGGAUGCGUUCAUCGAUGACGGGACACAGAGACACACGAAUGUCGGCGUCGCUCCGGUCGCCGCAGCUUCGCCUUCAGCACGGAUGAAGCUCUUCAGCUAGCUGCAAACCACGUCCGCUAGAAACAACGUCCGACCCCCAAAUUUCAUCGCAGUGGGAUCGGCAAACAGACAGGAUUGACUGCUGCUGCCGCCUGAUGCCAGCGGCGCGGGUUUCUCCUGCCGGCGAACCCCGGUCGUGGUCCCCGACGCCCGCGGCGGACGGCCAAGUCCCCGAUGUCGCCCCUCCGGCCUCCCCCGGCGACACGCCGCCCCCGGCCAUCUCGAACAGGGAACGCCUGUCAACCACGACGACCACCUCAACCAUCACCACGACGACCACGUGUGCCAGGUCGCCCUACCAGAGGCUCCUGGACGCCCUCGGCUCGGACGAGCGCUGGCAGAAGGACGUGGCCCUCGGUCGGAGGGUCGGCUUCUACCGAUUCAGGGGAGAACUGGGCACGGGCAACUUCUCACAGGUCAAGGUCGCAGUACACUGCCUCGUCAAAGAGAAAGUGGCCGUCAAGAUCCUCGACAAGAGCAAGCUAGACGCCAAAACGCAGCGCAUGCUUGCCCGAGAGAUCGCCAGCAUGGAGUCCCUGCAUCACCCGCACAUCAUCCGCCUGUACGAAGUCAUCGAGACGCUGAGCCGCGUGCACCUGGCCAUGGAGUUCGCGCAGGGCGGGGAGCUCUUCGAGAAGGUCACCAGUGACGGCAGGUACUCGGAGGAGGACGCCAGGCUGGUCUUCGCGCAGAUCGCGUCUGCCCUCGAACACAUGCACCACCACAACAUCAUCCACCGCGACCUCAAGGCAGAAAACGUAUUCAUCGCGGGCCACAACGUCGUCAAGGUCGGAGACCUGGGCUUCAGCACCCAGGUCCGCUGCCGCGACGAGUCCCUCAACACAUUCUGCGGUUCGCCGCCCUACGCCGCGCCGGAGCUCUUCAAGGACGAGAGCUAUGUGGGACCCUGCGUUGACAUCUGGGCCCUAGGCAUCCUACUCUAUUUCAUCGUCACUUCCGCCAUGCCCUUCAAGGCUCAGACGGUCGCCGCCCUCAAGAAACUGAUCCUCGAAGGGCAAUACACGGUCCCGACGUACCUCUCCGAACCCUGCAAGGCCCUCAUAGCGGGCAUCCUUCAAGUGACGCCUCAGGACAGGCUAACCCUGGAGCAGAUUAGGAGCUCCGAGUGGCUGGGGGGUCAGCGAUUCCCGGAAGGGUAUCCCAAGUAUAACAUGUACCCAACCAUGGACCCGGCCAUGCACGUCUCAGAGGAGGAGAAAGAGGCAAGGGCGCACCUCGAGGAACUGGGGAUCUCCGAAGACAUGAUGAAGGACUGCAUCGACAAGGGUGCUCGAAGCAGCAUCACCGGCGCGUAUCGCAUCGUUCUGCACAAAAUCCAGACGGCGCCUUCGCCGCAGGACCUCGACAGCGAAUCGGCGGGAACGGCGACUGGAACUCCGUCGCCGGGAGGCAAGGCGGAUCGGAUUUCGAACAAGGCCGAGCGGCUCUUCUCGGCCAAGAAACGGAAGUCCAGGACUUGCGUGCUCCUGUGAUGGCCGUUACUUCGUGUUGUGUCUUCGUUGACUGCGUCAGACUGUGAUAAUAGACAGAGUUGUUCUAGCGAAACAAUGCAAAUGACUGCUAAGUUAGAAAUAAUUGAUGGGACUACAACUUACGAUCGUCGUCUGGCAUGCGGCCCUUGAGCAGCUGAGCUGUGCAUGUGGCGUGAUUUUAGGUGGUGUAUCGUGUUGUUUUGUGCUUCUGAACAGUUCGUUUUUUCUUUGUGCUUUUGGUGGCUAGCCUUGAUCAUUGUUAAAUCACUGAAGAAUGCCAGUGCUAUCUGUGAGAAAAAUCUGAAACACAAACACAAGUUUUCAGGCACAUAUUGAAGAAAACAGCCGGCCAACGAAGUUGAAGAUAACGGCAUUCUGUUUGUUUCCUGUCCAAUCGAAACUUUUCCUUGAAGACCUUCACAGACGGAAGUUUUCAAAAAAUCAGAACAUGUCACUUUCUCAUAAUAUUCGCAAAUCAAAAUACAUGACUUUCUAAUGUCUAGGUACACCUAUUAAGCAAGUGCCACACUAUUUCCGCGAAUAAGCAACGACCGCUUGUGCAACAAGACUUGUUAGAUCAGGGAGUGCAACAAUAAAAAUCCAAAAGUUAGUUUAGCGCUACACAAAACUUAUUCGAAAGCACCUUGUUAUAAAACUUUCACAUGACACCAUAAUCGCAGCGCAGUGGCACUCGGUGGUAAUUUACUAGUGCCAAAAAUAAGCAAACAUAAACGCUGCACAUGCCAUUCCCAUGGACAAACACACCAUUCUCCCCCAACAGAAAUCUCAAAGACGACAACGAAUUUUUCUACAUGUCACUGUUUUCAGCCAAUUCAAAACUUCAAUGCAAUUUCUAGUCACCACGCUUGGCAUUUCUGCAUCCGAGUCUCUCGAGCAGCCGGGUGCUUCCUAACCUUGCCGCAGCUGCGAUCGGCGUCCAACGAGCAUUUCUUACUCCCCGUUUUGUACUCCUGCACCAAAACCCCUCCUCGAGGCACAUAUGAAAAAAAAAAAAAAAAAUGAACCAGUAAUAAAGGUGUCAAACUGUG